AUGGUGAAAAUCGCCUUCAAUACACCCACGGCGGUGCAAAAAGAGGAGGCGCGGCAAGACGUGGAGGCUCUUGUAAACCGCACGGUCCGAGCUCAAAUCUUGACCCGCAAGGUAGAGCUCCAAGGUGCCACCCAGGAAAAAGAGGGCUCCUCUGGGAGAUGCAUGCUUACUCUCUUAGGCCUUUCAUUCAUCUUGGCAGGACUUAUUGUUGGUGGGGCCUGCAUUUACAAGUACUUCAUGCCCAAGAGUACCAUCUACCAUGGAGAGAUGUGCUUCUUUGAUUCUGAGGACCCUGCAAAUUCCCUUCGAGGAGCAGAGCCUUACCUUUUGCCUGUGACGGAGGAGGCUGACAUUCGAGAGGAUGACAAUGUUGCAAUCAUUGAUGUGCCUGUCCCCAGUUUCUCUGACAGUGAUCCUGCAGCAGUUAUUCAUGACUUUGAAAAAGGCAUGACUGCUUACUUGGACUUGCUGCUGGGGAACUGCUAUCUGAUGCCCCUCAAUACCUCUAUCGUUCUGCCUCCAAAGAAUCUGAUGGAGUUCUUCGGCAAACUGGCAAGUGGCAAAUACUUGCCUCACACUUAUGUUGUUCAUGAAGACCUGGUUGCUGUGGAGGAGAUUCGUGAUGUUAGUAACCUUGGCAUCUUUAUUUACCAACUUUGCAACAAUCGCAAGUCCUUCCGCCUUCGUAGAAGAGACCUCUUACUGGGUUUCAAUAAACGUGCCAUUGAUAAGUGUUGGAAGAUUAGACACUUCCCCAAUGAAUUUAUCGUUGAGACCAAGAUCUGUCAAGAGUGAGAGGCAACACAAAAAGAGUAUCCUUAGUAAUAAGAAGUCAGAGAUUUGCAAUAUGACUUCAACAUUAAAGUGUGUAGGAUACUCAUAUUUACUUAUGCAUAUACUCUACUGCUUAUACCAAAAAAAAGAGGGAAAUAAAAACUACUAACCACUGCAA